AUGCAUGGUCCAAAGCCAGAGUUCGAACUUUCCGGAAGUUCCACCGAGGACUUGAUCCUUUCGAAGCCGUCGAGCCAAAAUAGCAGCGAGACUACUAGCGAAAGCAGUCAUAGUAACGGUGGUGACACGGAAAGUGGUCGACGGAGCGUUGGUGGCGCGACCUGCCGGGAGUUUACAACGCAUAUUGCCCCGGUCCAGUUUGAAAUGUCGAAGCCCUCCUUUAAGAUUCAGGAUUUUUCGACAAGGGUCCUAGGUCCGAAAGAAGAGGCAAAGGAAUUGCAAAAGGCGCAUACGGCCUCGGAUGAUCCGGCAGAUCCUGUUUUAAACAACAUUUUUGGACGCAUCAACCGUGAACAAUUUAAAAGAUACCUCAAGCAGCCGGCCUAUCUCCGAGUUUUCAACAAACAACCCCGCAUCAAGCAGUUCCGUCGUUUAUUUCUUGCGCAAGAAUUGAGACUUGACAACGGCGAUAUUACCUCUUCUUCCAACACGACACUCAGUACAUUGAGCGAAAACAACGGAAGAGCUGUAUGGGCUACCAAGUUCAGUCGCGAUGGCAGAUUUCUAGCCACAGGCGGUAAGGAUUGUACGCUAAGGAUAUGGAAAGUGAUAGCUUCGCCCUUGGAACGCAACGAUCUUAGCAACAGUACCACAAAACCGCAAGCUAAGCGCAUAUCCUUGCGAAUGCCACCUUCGGCUGCAACAGGGCGGAGCAACAAAGAUGAACUGGACCAGGUUACAGCCCCGGGGCUGAUGGAUCUCUACGCACCUGUAUUCCAUCCACUUCCUUAUCGAACCUUUCAAGGGCAUACACAGGACAUUCUGGACCUCGACUGGUCAAAGAACGGAUUUAUACUCACCACGUCAAUGGACAAGACAGCUAGACUAUGGCACUGCGACCGGCCAAAGGCUCUAAAAACAUUUGAGCAUCCGGAUUUUGUCACUUGCGCCAAGUUUCAUCCUAACGAUGACCGCUUUUUUCUGAGCGGCUGUCUUGACCAUAAGUUGCGCCUAUGGUCCAUCUUGGACCACUCUGUUUCAUUCGAGCAUUAUUGCGGGGACAUAAUCACAGCCAUUGACACAUCCUUUGGUGACGGAAAAUACACCGCGAUAGGUACUUUCAAUGGGCACAUCUCGAUUCUAUACACACGAGGGCUUGAAAUGAUCUCUACGUUCCACGUCAUGGAGAGUUCAAAAGGACGCAUCAGAAAGUCAACUGAAAGCGGGCCCAAAAUCACUGGUAUCGAGUUCUUCAAGUCUGCCCCAGAUAACGAUUUGAGAAUAAUGGUUACAUCUAAUGACUCAAGGAUAAGGAUAUUCAGCGUGAAGAACCGCACGCUAUUGGAAGUUUUACGAGGAUUUGAGAACGCACAUUCCCAGAUCAGCGCCCACACCUUGUCAACCACUAGGAAAAAAAUGUACGUCAUCGCUCCAAGUGAAAACCAAUGGGUUUAUUGCUGGAAGCUUGAAUCGAGCGCUGGGGCAGCAGACCUUGAUGAGUCCUCGAACAAUAAAGCGCAUAGGCACGGAUCUAUUAGGGGACUUCUGCGAAGGAGCCUCAGUAUAGGCAGUGCGCAUUCCUCAGAAAAGCGUUCGCCGCCAGCCAGCGACCAACUCAGCGGGCUUACCCCAUCACAUAAAGGCAAACACGAGCCUAUCAAGAACCACCACUAUAUUGCAUUCCACGCGCAUCACUGCACCGUGACAACCACUGCAGUCGCGCCAGUCAACACCGCAAAAACGUUAGCGCUCUCAGAUGACUUCAUCUGCGAGCUCACCAUGGCACUAAGCGAAGGCGAAGACGACGUGGCAGUAAUGAGACAACAACACCGCAAGUCUCUGUUGCAUACCAAAAAACAGCACCAGAGGGAGAAUGACCUUCUUCAAAAGCGCUUUCCGUCAAUGAUUGAAGCCAUUGGAACAAUAUUUGUCUCAACGGACAGCUCAGGUGUGAUCCGCGUGUUCAGAUCAGACAUCUCCACUAACGUGCGGAAAAAGGUACUGAGCUGUCUGAAGCGUAGUUCUACACCGCCGAAGUCAGAAUCCGGCAGCGAAUCUAACGGCUCCUACAUGCACAGCGGGUUACUAGGGUCUACCGUGAAGGCUGCCACAUCCACGCUCACAAAGUCCAGAGCCCUGGGUAGCUCGCCCUCCAUAAAGUCUUUGAAAAGUGUGUCGCCAUCGAAUGAAGCGCCUACAUCCGCAUCGCCGCAGGCUCCCUGCGACUUGUGCGGCAGCACUGACCUUACCAGAACCAAAGGCGACCCGAAGCUCCGUCUAAAUACUCAGGCGCCUGUUUACAUCUGCAACAGCUGCGGUAAUCAACUGGUCAGGGCUUCUUAA